AUGGAAACUAUUUUAGAACAGCAAAGAAGCUACCAUGAGGAAAGGGAACGUACCAUGGACGCUAUGGUUAAAGAAAUAUUGCAUAAAAAAACUGGGCAUCGAGAAACUAUUAACGGUGAACAUAGAUUAAAGAAUCUACAUGAUAGAUAUGUUGAAGCUACAAUAAGAUUGAAGGAGUUGUAUGAGGACAAAGAUAGUUUACGUAAGGAGGAAAUAGCUGCUCUGUCUGGACCUAAUGAGUUUCAAGAGUUUUAUGCAAGACUAAAACAAAUUAAAGAAUUUCACAGGAAACACCCUAAUGAGAUUUGUGUACCAAUGUCUGUGGAGUUUGAAGAAUUAGCCAAGAUAAGAGAAAAUCCUUCUGAAGAUUAUACAACACCUGUCGAGUUCACCGAUGAAGAAGGUUACGGAAAAUAUUUAGAUUUACAUGAAUGCUAUGAAAAAUACAUAAAUUUGAAGGGUAUCGAGAAAGUAGACUACAUUACAUAUUUGAGCAUCUUUGACCAUUUGUUUGACAUUCCACGCGAAAGGAAGAACAGUGACUACAGAAAUUAUAUUCGUGCUCUAUUGACAUAUCUGAAGGAUUUUGUUAGCAGGAUAAAACCGCUCUUAGAUCAGGCACAAGAAAUGGCGGCUGCUCAUCAAGAAUUCGUAAAGCAAUGGGAAGCAGGCACUUUUCCUGGUUGGCCAAAAGAAACUGGAGGUGCUUUAACAAACGUAGGGGCACAUUUAGAUUUGUCGGCGUUUUCAUCAUGGGAGGAACUGGCUUCCUUAGGUUUGGACAGAUUGAAAUCUGCUUUAAUGGCAUUAGGGCUUAAGUGUGGAGGAACAUUAGAAGAAAGGGCACAAAGAUUAUUCAGUACAAAGGGUCAAACAGCUUUAGACAAAUCUCUUGUUGCAAAGAAAGGAGCUACUAAGGCCAAGGCCUCUACUCAACAGCGCCACAAAGAUAUUGCAGCUAUUGAAGCUCAAGUUUACAGAUUCGCAAACGUAGUGAGCAGUACUAGAGCAGCUACCAUAGAGAAUGUCACCCGUCGUGCAGCACGUGCUGCAGGUGAAAGGAGGGAUGAGAGCGACGAUGAAAGUGAUGCUUCAGCUGGCCCUGAUGUCGAUUCCGAUGACGACGAAGUGCCAUAUAAUCCUAAGAAUUUGCCACUUGGUUGGGAUGGCAAGCCUAUUCCGUACUGGCUCUACAAGCUCCAUGGCUUGAACAUAAGCUACACAUGUGAAAUAUGUGGUAAUUACACAUACAAAGGCCCCAAGGCAUUUCAAAGGCACUUCGCUGAAUGGCGUCACGCUCAUGGCAUGAGAUGUUUAGGAAUCCCCAAUACUGCGCAUUUUGCUAAUGUCACGCAGAUCGAAGAUGCACUCGCAUUGUGGGAAAAAAUCAAAAACCAAAAAGAGAGUGAAAGAUUUGUAGCAGAAAACGAUGAAGAGUUUGAGGAUUCUCAAGGUAAUGUUGUCAAUCGGAAAACAUAUGAAGAUUUGAAACGACAAGGACUUUUGUAA